AUGCAAACGAAUGACUAAAACUUCUAUUAAACUAAUUAAAUAUAAAAUUUCAGCGAUCAGCAGAUUCCAGACUUAGAUCAAGUCCUUCAUUUUCCCUUUUAUCUAUAUGACGACCAAUUUUAAUGGAUUGGCUCUUUUGCUGAAGUUUAAGAUUAAGAGCCACUACUAUCCAAAUUUUAUGAUCAAGAGACAAGUAUAAAGCUUGAAAGAUGCAAUAAUAUAAUAAUACAUAAUUAGGCUUAGGGAAGUACAGGUUUAACAACUAAUGCUAUCAAAAACCCAGCUAUCUAAGUCGAUAAUGUGUUAACCUCACCAUUACAAACGUCUUUAGAUUUUGCAACUUGUUAUGAUUUCUCAUCUUCACAUGAGUAAAAGAGAUAUUUUAGGGAAAUUGAAUAAGAAAUCUUCAAAAUAUCUGGUUAAUCACCCCACACACGUCUUGAAGCUUAAUAUAGAUAGUUUUUUAGGUGGUUGAUGAAGCUUUUGAGGAAAAAUGAGUAAUUUGGUACAGCUUUGAGAAAAGAUUAAUACCUUAAAAAAUAUGCACCUUAUAUACGAGACCUAAAGAAAAGCCCAUAAACAUAGUAAAAUUAAUCUUAAGGAAGUGAGAACCUAUUCUAAAAUGAGCCAAUAUUAGACAAUGAUCUAUUGGAAUUUCAAUACUUUGAUAUUAAAUUGAAUUGCUGCAAAAAAAUGAAUAGAGCAGACAUAGUAGAGUAUUUUAGUUACGAUGUUCUCAGCUACUUAUUUGAAUUUAUGCUUCCUUAUAUUGAUGUUAACUAAAGAACCUUCAGCGAGAAUACACAUCUUGCAAGAAGGGUCCUAGAACAAAUCAAAUUCAAUAGUUGCGGCUCUCAAGAGGCUAUUAUCGAAAGAGAAAAUAGCAAAAUUCUAACAUGA